UAAAUAUGAACAUCAAAUAAGCCUACAGACACCAAAUUCAACUCAGUUCAAGUAUUGGUUUCUCUUCUAGUUGGUUCUGUAGCAAUCAGAUCAAAGCUUUAAGCCUUUCUAACAGUCUUUCAUCUUGGGCAAAUGGGGAUUCGAUUGCUAUCCUUGGUUCCUCAUGCCAAGCAAAUUCUAAAGAUGCAGCCAAGUUUCACUAAAAGUCAGUUGGAUGUGCCAAAAGGCCAUGUGGCUGUUUACGUUGGAGAGAUCCAAAGGAAGCGGUUCGUGGUUCCGAUAUCUUACUUAAACCAUCCAUCAUUCCAACAACUACUCAGCCAUGCAGAGGAAGAGUUUGGCUUCCAUCAUCCUCAGGGGGGUAUAACAAUUCCUUGCAAGGAGGAUGCCUUCAUUGAUCUCACUUCUAGAUUGCAAGCAUCUUGAAGGAUGCAGAAGAAAGGGCAAUAGCCAAUAUGCCAUUUUUGACAGAUUUUCUUGUUUUGUUUUUUUUUUUUAACUCAUUUACUUUUUGACACAUGCUAGUGUGUUGUAGAGUGGGAUACCUUCCUACCUGUAAAUGAGUUGCAUUGUAAAGGUACGGUAACCAACAGGAGUAAUGAAAAUAGAUCAAUUCAGCAUCAAUUUCUAUA